UCGAGCAACAAACCUUAUCUGAUCUGCAGAGAGAAAGUAUGAAGGCUGUCGACACCACGAUCGCGCUUUUCGCUCUAGCCGCGCUGUCGCCGGCGGCAGCGUUUGUUCCGUCUGCCGCAAGCAGGGCGGCGAUCGGACGCACUCGAGCGUUGCCCCAAAAGUCUCAAACGACCUGCUCCCCCGCGCAUAAGUCCUCGGCGGUGUUCCACAGCGGUAAGGGGGCGUCGGCGCUGUUUGGGACGGGACCGUCCUACACCGACGUCGUGUCGGAGACUGAGGGGGGUGAGGAGGGGGAUGAGGAGGGGGGGAAGAAGAAGAAGAAGAAGGGCAAGAAGAGCGGUGGAGACAAGGAGAAGGUGAAGCUGGAAGCUGAGGUUACCUUCUUCGAGGGGGGUCCGGAUCCCUCCGAGGUGGUGGCCCCCGCUCUGUCCAUCCUGACGGUCAUCGGUAUCGUGCCCUUCUCAGCGGCGCUGGCUCGCCAGGCCUGGGUGAAGUACACCCUCACUUCACGACGAAUCAAGAUCGUGAGCGGCUGGAACGGGAAGGACACGACGGAGGUGGUAUACCCCGACAUCGUGGACAUGGUGUACGUAUGGCGGUUCUUCGGAAGGUGUGGAGACUUGGUGCUGACAUUGCGGGACGGGUCUAAGCUGGAGAUCCGGUCUUUGCCGGACUUCGAGCGCAACUACAACUACAUCCGCGAACGCACGUCGGCAAGCUGCCAAGCGAAGAGCGCGGCACUCAAGCCGCAGAACUAGAGCAUUCAUGCCGCCAAUGGAAGGACCGGGAUGGGAGGGAGGGCGGAACGUUGGGGGGGGGCAAUAGGGCAAGACGACGACAAGGACGGCAGAAGACACCUUUCACGGGGGCUUGUAACGUCAGAAACAGCUUGUCAGCGACACAUGUAUAACGAUUUCUUCGUAUCUGUUUUGGUUGUCAAGUAGAGACGAGCUGGAACGCCGAUAGGGGUGGCGGGGGGGCGAGCCCUUGGUGUCCCCCCAUGUAUUGUGCGCUUCUUUUUUUCUUGCGCCCAGCAUUUAGUGAGGUUCCAAAACACCGAUAGAAUUAUAUGAGCAAUUGCCGGUACGAUAACUUUUGCUUCUAGACUUGAUUGCUUUUGGUGAAACCGUUGCAGAGACUGUCGAGUUGUUUCAUAACCACCUCUCCGAGUCGAGCACGAGAGACUACCGUAGGUGACGGAAGAUACCACACCCCCUGGCCCGAUUUUCAAGGCUUGAUUACUCCACCGUUGAAAGAGUGGCGAUGCCGAAGAUGAUGGUAGUGACUGAACCGUCUCGUCGAGGGCUUUCCGAAAAUGUAUCGUUUGGUUCAUAAAUCGUCGUUGGCCGUGGAGCAGUAUUGCUUUGAAAAUCGAUCGAGGGGGUGUGGUAUCUUGGUGCCACGUAAUGCAUGUCCGUGUCUCGGAUAUAAGACAUGUUUCGGGUGCUCGUGCAGUCGGACUACGCUUGCUGGCGCGGGACGAGUUCUCACUUGUUACUCGGCGGGGAAGGCUUGUCUUCGAGAGAACGGGUCGUGGUUUUUACGAAGAUGGGGCGGAUGUGGUGAAUAGUGUAAUGGUUGGCGGCGAAGCUGCGCCGCUUGCCAAAGGCCCGUAUCUGGGGGCUUUUUCCCGUUCACGUUGGCAUACUCGACCCUUUUACCCCCCUCUGAACCUACGUGCCCCCCAAGUUACAUAGGAGUGUUUGGUUUGUUUGUUUACGUUGACAUGAUGUUUCGAUCGUAUGUUCUUUUUUGACCUGGUAGUCUGCGGCUCGGGGUGCUUGCCUAGCACAACAGCCCGAGAAUUGGAACGGGUAGAAUUCACGGGGCCCCCGUGAUAAGCCCCUCCAUGGGCCCGGGAGGCCUCCGUAUGCUGAUGUAAGUGCGAAACAAGAGAGCCUGAUGCACUCUUGAUCGUGCCUAAAAAUGCCUUCAUGUAAAAGACGGUGAAUGUGUUCCCCAUGUAAGCAACACAACGACGAGCGUGCGGAAGGUACUUCAAAACCGCUCGGUCGCAAUUUGGUCGGUGUUUCU